AUGACUACGGAUAAAGUAGCAGGUACAACGUACCAGGAGGAAAAACUUCAUCAUACACCAUGGAUUGAAAAAUAUAGACCGAAAAAACUCGAUGAUAUAGCAUCGCAGGACCAUGCAGUGAAAGUUUUGAAACAACAAGUAUCAACGGGUAACUUACCUCAUAUGUUAUUUUAUGGACCACCAGGGACUGGAAAAACUUCAACUAUACUAGCAUUGGCCAAACAAUUGUACGGCCCCAAUCUAUAUAAAUCAAGAGUAUUGGAAUUGAAUGCAAGUGACGAAAGAGGUAUAUCUAUUGUACGUGAAAAAAUUAAGAAUUUUGCUAAAUUGACUGUGAGUAAUCCUAGUGAAGAGGACUUGAAAAAUUAUCCAUGUCCGCCUUAUAAGAUUAUUAUAUUGGAUGAGGCUGAUUCAAUGACAAACGACGCACAAAGUGCUUUGAGAAGAACAAUGGAAACUUAUGCAAAUAUCACCAGAUUUGCUUUAGUUUGUAAUUAUAUCACCAGAAUUAUCGAUCCCUUGGCUUCGAGAUGUUCAAAGUUUAGGUUCAAAUCGUUGAAUAAUGAAAACUCAUUAAACAGAUUGAAAUUUAUUGCCAAAGAAGAGAAUUUGUACUUGGAUACUUCAGGAGGACCCGAGUCGGACGAUGAGGUGUUGAAUGAAGUGUUAAGAAUUAGUAAUGGUGAUUUGAGGAAAGCAAUUACUUACUUACAAAGUGCUUCGAAAUUGAGUACAAGUCUAAAGUUAGAAAAUGGGAACGCGGAGACAAACGUGGGUGUGAUUACAAAAGCAUCAAUCAGAGAAACGGCUGGAAUAUUACCAGAUACUUUGAUCUCGCAAAUGAUAAGUAUCAUCAAAAGAAAAGACGAAGAAAAAUUAAUACAGAUAGUUGAUGAUAUUAUAUUAAGUGGUUGGAGUACACAACAGUUAAUUGAUCAACUACAUGAACAGUUAAUAAUGGAUGACACUAUAAGCUCACUUACUAAAAACAAAAUUGCAAUCAUCUUAUUUGACACAGAUAAAAAGUUGAACAUCGGUACAGACGAGCAUAUUCAAUUGCUCAAUUUGGUGCUCCAAGUUUCUAAAGUUAUGUAG